AUGCGUUCCAUUCUUUCAGGCUUAAACCAAGACGACAGCUCAGCGGCCAGGAGGGAUGGCAUGACUUUCUCGGCCAGCAAUUUUUCCAACCAAUUCUUUACUAACCUCCUUCGUGAGGAUCAGCCUCCGCGUCUAUCCAACGACGAGGUUAUUCGCGUCUGUGUGAUUAUCGUUACCGCCACGUACUGUAUGAAGACGUUAGAGGAAUUGGAAAAACGUCUUAAAGCUGAGGUAAGUGGGCGUCGAUGUGUAUGUGCGUGUGUGGUCAAACGGAUAGAUUGA